AUGGGAUCCAAACAGGAUUCAUUGCCUCCAAUGGACGGGGAUCAACCUCUGAGCCCCAUGUUCGGCCAUACCAAUGCCUCCCCUCCGCGCCUCGGCAUCGAUCCAAUCGUCCGCCUACCAAUUACGAUGGGCGCUGCGUUCACUGCCGGCAUGGUUUUAGGAGCUGGCCAUGGUAGCACAAGGGCGGCAUUUCGAUACCGUGCUGAGAACGCUCAUCGACUACCAACCACAACCAUGGGCUGGUACCAUUAUCACAGAAGCAAGAACUACAAAUCCCUGGUUGGGGGUGUAAAGGAUGGAAUGAAAAUGGGCAUGAAGCUUGGGGCUGGCGCAUUUACGUUUUGCUUGUUUGAGGAAACAGUUGACCACGCACGUCACGGCCGACGGGAUUUCCUUUCUACGGUGACUGCCGGUCUUACUUUCUCUGGCCUUUAUAGCUUGCUUGCUCAUCACGAUGUAUAUACAGCUGCGCGAACGGCGAAGCUUGGUCUGACAUUGAGUCUCGCCUAUGGAUUGAUCCAGGAUGCUCUCGCGACGAUGAAAGGAAAUCGACCCGAUUAUGUCGAUUUUAUGUACCGGAAAUUUCGGCCAGGGAAUGAAGGUGUUGAUGCCGCUUAG